AUGGAUCUCAACGAAGCUGCCUGGCUACCUGCCAAGUGUGCACCUCUUCAGGUGAAACAAGCUCCAUUCACUGCCCCGGCUGCUCAUCAGAUUGUGGUCAGGAACGCUGCUGUUGCCAUCAACCCGGUCGACUGGUGCAAGCAACUCAUGGGAAAUAUGAUGUUCAGUUUCGUCAAGUAUCCAUUCAUCCUUGGCAAUGACUGUGCCGGUACCGUUGCACAAGUCGGCGACGCUGUGAGUCGCUUCAAGAUCGGCGAUCGUGUUCUCGCCCACGCCAUUGGGAUGGACCCCAAUGUCAACCAGCCGACCGAGGGUGCUUUUCAAAAGUUUGCCAUCAUCCGUGACAAUAUGGCUGCCCUGAUCCCAGAGUGGAUGUCCUUCGAAGAGGCUUGCGCACUCCCUCUCGGCCUGUCUACUGCCGCAUGCGCUCUGUUCCAGAAAGACUUCCUCGCUCUCAACAAUCCGGAUAUCGCCAACCUCGGUACAUUGGACGCACCCGCCGACCCUCGCGAGGUCGUGCUUGUUUGGGGAGGAUCUUCCAGUGUUGGCAGCAAUGCGAUUCAACUUGCCAAAGCAGCCGGAUACGAGGUCAUUGCUACUGCCUCUCCUCACAACUUCGAUUACGUCCACAAGCUCGGUGCCAACGAGGCCUUCAACUACCAAAGCGACACAGUCGUGAAGGAUAUCAUCGAAGCUUUGGGCGACAAGAAGGUUGCUGGCGCGAUCGCCAUUGGAAACGGAUCAGCCGAGGCUUGUAUUGAUAUUCUUUCACGCACCCGUGGCAACAAGUUCGUGGUUCAGAUCAGUUUCAAGUUUCCACCCAAGGUUCCCUCCACUACCUUUGGAUUUGUACAUGCUAUGGCCGGCUUGGUAUGGUCCAACAUCGCCAUCUUCAUGAAGUCGAAAAUUUCCGGCGUGAAGACGAAGAUGGUCUUUGGCAGCACCUUGGCUCACAACGAAGUCGGCAAUUUGAUUUAUCGAGACUUUUUGCCUGGAGCUUUGGAAGAGAAAAAGUAUCAAGCCGCUCCUAAGGCGGUCUUGGUGGGAAAUGGGCUCGGGCAGAUUCAAGAAGCCAUGAACCGACACAUGAACAGAGGUGCAUCUGCCGAGAAGUAUGUGGUCUCCAUUUGA